UUGUGUCCCUUCUGUUGGACAGACAUCCGCCGUUCUGUGCCGCUGGUCGGUCGACUUUCUAGUGAUGUUUCAUUUAUUUCCGCAGCGGACCGUCAAGACCGAUUAGAGCAAGAAGACGACACUUUGACACAACGGUAUUUGUUUUUCUGAUUACAUCUUUGUUUUUAAGUGAAAGUGACGUGUAAUCGUGAAAUAUGGCUACACUGCUGGCUAGCUAACGUAGCUGUUUGCAGACGUUCUCUGACGGACAUGCGCAGUUUGUGACUUCACGUGGGUGACGUUGGUUAAACUGUCCAGUUUCGCGUUUUUGUGUUUGUAAAAUCAACUUAACCGUAUAGUUUGAGCGUUUUUCAGCUUAAAAGGUUAAUUUUCUUUAUCAUGACAGCGCGCAGCUCAACCUAUAGCUUGUUUUGUUUGACUGCACUCGGUUAAUUAUUGUUUGUUUAGCUUAAAUUUAACUCAAACAGCGUCCUGUCUCUCCAGGUCAAAGUCUCAGGUCUCCUCUGACUUUACCUGUAACUACAGGUAAAUUACAGUAUACACUGUAGACUGGUGAGGAUUUACUGAGCUACAGGUGCAUCUCAGUAAAGUAGAAUAACAUCAAAAAGUUGAUUUAUUUCAGUCAUUCCCUUCAAAAAGUGAAACUCCUGUAUUAUAUAGAUGCGCUGUUGAUAGAUGUCAACAGUUGUUGUUAGAUCAAUAUCUAAUAAUUAGAGCAAAAACAAAAAUCACAAGUUAACUGUCAGGCACCACACUGACAGAUCCUCCUCCAAUCCACUGUUGUGUCGUUCGCAAAUGAUUCGUUCAAAUGAACUGAAUCUUUUAGGUGAAUGUACUGGUAUGUACUUGUACUUGUAUGAGCGUACAUACCCUGGUAUGUACUCUCUCUGUAUCAACAGAGAGAGCAGGUCUCUCUGUUGAUACUGUGUUUGAUCAAUGACACUGUCACAUUUUGUCAUUGUUUUUAAUUUUCCAUGAUAAAAUUAUUUCAUUCAGGAGGUAGAGGAUGUUGCAGAGGGUGGCAGUGGUCGGUGCGGGGGCGGCGGGACUCUGUGCAGCCAGACAUAUCCUGUCCCGCCUGAACCAGUUCACCCCCCCGGUGGUUUAUGAACUGACAGAGAAUAUCGGAGGCACAUGGUGUUACGACGAUCGAGUUGGGACGUAUGACAAUGGCCUGCCAAUACACAGCAGCAUGUACAAAAACCUCAGGUAGGACACAGGUGAUGGAGAUCACCUCACUGAGACAUGAUUUUUUUUAUGUAGUACCUUCCUUCAUUUUUAUUUUUAUUAUUAAACAUAAGAUAAUCAAUCUGAAGUGUAAGGAAAAGGCUGGGAAAUCGGGAUAUUGAGUAGACUUUGAACCUUGAUCUCAAUCACUGAAAAUAUUCUGUGUCGACAAAUCAGCUCAUGAUUUGAAAUAUAAUCAUGUAAAGUCACGUUACCUAAUUUGAUGUUAAUAAAAUAUGGUGGUUCUCUUUCUUGACCUCCUCCCCACAGAACCAACCUUCCAAAGGAGGUGAUGAUGUUUCCUGAUUUCCCUUUCGACUCCCAUCUGAGCAGCUUCCUGCCCCAUCAGGAGGUCCAGAGGUACCUGGAGAGGUACUGCGACAGCCACCACAUCCGGCCUCACAUCAGGGUGAGUCCACCUGCAGAUUACCUGUAGACUGUAGAGAACACCUAAGUGGCAGCAAGCCCCUCCCCCUGUCACUCAAAGUGGCCACACCCCUAAUUAUUAUGUAUAGUUUUUGUAGAUGCCCAUGACUAUAAAAUCAAAAUAAAUUUCUAAAAAUCAUAAAAUACAAAAAUUUAAGCUUUCUGUUAAAGUCCAGAUUUAAUGAAAGCCAAGAUAUUGGGCUCUACAGAGCUGGAUUUACUUUUAAAUGACAGCCUCUAGUGGACAUAAGAGGAACUGCAGUUUCUGGGUCUUCAUUCAAAAGAGACCAGAACAACAUUGGUCUUAAUUUUAUCUUUUAUAUUUGUGUGUUUCAGUUUAACACAGUCGUGAAAAACGUGAAACCAGUUAUCGUGACAGAGGCGGGUGAGAAGGUGAGGACGACAUGGGACGUGACGUCGUUGGACUCGUCCAGUGGACAGAAAACAGAAACCUUUGACUCGGUCUUUGUCUGCUCAGGGUGAGACAUGACAGCUUAUUCCUUCUUUUACUCUUUGUCCUCAUCUUUUAUUGAUUAAAAUUUUGCAUCAAAACAGAUUUUCUUUGCGUUUUUUUGUCUUGAAGGCACUACUCAGACCCUCACAUCCCGGACAUACCAGGCAUUGAGAACUUUAAAGGUACCCUGACGCAAGGUCCAAACAUUAUCUCCAAUUUUAGUCUAGAAUGAACCACAGAGGCCUGGCGUCUUAAUCUGGGAGGUUACUGACUGUCAGGGAUCACAGGUGGUCUGUUCGGGUCCACAAUAAUGAAUGAAACAGGUUCUCACCCUGGUGCUCACAAGUAUAGCCCUCAUACCUAACCCUAACUCUUAGUGUUCUCCUGUUUUUGGUCUUCAAGCUAAACUAAUCUGUGUCUAACAUUUACCUGAUGUCUCUGUUUGUAGGACAGGUGCUCCACAGUCAUGCCUACAGGCAUCCAGAACCAUUCUCAGGUAAGUCUGUGGUGGUUCUGGGAGCCAAAGCUUCAGGAUUGGACAUUUCCUUUGAGCUGGCCAAAGUUGGUGCUCAGGUAAGAAACAAAACACCCCAGCUCUGACUGUUACCCAAGGCAAUAGUUCAGUUUUUACCAAAAACUGUAUUUGUUUCUAUUUCCAGGUGACUCUGAGUCAUCGUCAUCCUCAUUUAACUUUCCCUCUUCCUCCUGGGAUUCAACAGUCCAGUCCUGUGGUUGCAGUCAGAGAGGAUGGAAAAAUCCGCUUUCAGGUCACUGAAGUCUAUCAUCAUAAUCUGGAGUUUGGUUUCUGUUCUCUGUCAAACUCAAAUGUGUCAGUAUGUCGACAAUUUUCUGAUGUUAUCAUCCAACUGUGCAAAAAGUCCAGUGGAUGUUGAUUCUUGUGUCUAGGUUCUGUAGAAAUCUACACAGCUGAUCAUCAGACCUACACUUUUUACUUGUAACUUGUGAAUACCACCAGGAUGUUAAAAUCAGAGCGUCUUCUUCCAGGACGGCACUGCGAGCUCGGCUGACGUCCUGAUGUUCUGCACCGGAUACAACUUCAGGUAUCCGUUCCUGGACGGGGCUCAGCUGGGUCUGGACAUCCAGGACCACAUUAUGUCUCCACUCUACCUCCACCUGGUGCCUCCUGCCUUCUCUUCACUCUUCUUCAUCGGCAUCUGCAAGAUCAUCUGUCCUUUCCCCAACUUUCACUGCCAGGUGAAUUCAUGACUCACUAACCUUUGAGUGUUUCCAAAUACAUUCGACUUGUCAGUUUAACAUUUGAAUCCUGGACUAUCCUGGAUUUUUCCUCAGAUUGUCUGUUCCUGUAGAAAAAAAGUACAAUAAGUGUUAAUGAGCUUGAAUAAGACAGAACAGCACAGGACCAAGAAAAGGACCUUGUGGGACUCCAUAUUUAACAAAGAUGUAAUAUUUUGUCACCACCAACAAUUCCAGAUUCCACAACCCAAAAAGUUGACUUUGGAGGCUUCUGAUAUCCACGAUGAAGUUAUCUGCCGUUCUGCUUGAACUGAACCUGCAGAAUAGCUUUGUCUUGUCUCUAUGCAGACUUAACACUGGCUGCUCACAGCUAAAUCAGAUCAUCAGGUUUUGGUUUUCUUUAUGAGGCCAUCCUGGUGUUGUAGAUCAUUCUUAGUUUUAAGCCAAAAACUCUAGAGCAAGAACAGCACGGGACCAAGAAUUGAGUCUUGUGGGACAUUAAAUAAAGAUGUAACUAAUCCAGAUGUUUUUCCAAACCAAGAAAAAGAAUCCAGUUAUUUUUUUUAAACAUUCAAUCCACAGGUUGAUUUUUCAAAUUCCCCACCCACUCUUUGAACCGGGUACAUAAUGUGAAUAUUAGACACAGAAAACAUAUUAACAGUCUACAAGUUUAGUUUAAUUCGUCUGAAUUUGACGACACCUGACAGCUCUAGACAUUAUUUAUAGAGAAUCUUAAAUCAGACAGUUCAUCCGAACUAUAAAAUAAACAUGAUGAAAACUAAUUCAGGUCAACCAAAACAUUUCAAUAUGAUAAAUUUAUAAGAAUAAAACAAACAAACCAUCAAAGUCAAACUUCUGAGUGGAUUGUGUUUUUUAAUAUAAAUCUUAGAGUUUUCUUUAUAGGUUAAAAAGUUUAUGAAGUUUUGUUCCAGAUUAAGAAUCAAUGGAACCACAACAUCACAGAAAUAUGAUCUCUUCAGGUCCAGUUCGCUCUGGCGGUGUUGGAGGGCUCGGUAACUUUACCGUCUCAGGCCCAGAUGGAGGACGAGGUCCGGCAAGAACUGGAGGGCAAGCUGGCACAGGGAGUCGAGCAGCGCCACCUGCUGAUAAUGCAGCAAGAUCAGUGGGAGUACUGCCGGACGCUGGCUCACAACGCCGGCUUCCAGCCGAUCCCACCUGCUGUGCGCAGUCUGUACGAGGAGGUUUAUAGACAACGACAGAUUCACCCUGAAAACUACCGACUGCUUAACUACAGGCUGGUCAGCAACUCCGAGUGGGAGCUCGUCAAUGACCGAUGACCGUUUGAACGGCAGGUGUGAAAACACGAACUUCAUCAAACUAAGCAUGUUCAGCUUUUGUCUGCCAUAAUGCUGGUUUAAAGAGGACCUUCUACCAAAAUUGUUAUUUCCUGAAAAUUCAUCAUAUCAUUCAAUGUUUUAGUCAAAUAGUUUAGCUUUAGCUUUUUUUUAAUGCCACUGUGCCUUAACCACAGACGGAGAUAGAGCUUCAGGGUGUAGUGGGCGACUUAACUGAUCACGCCAUAAUAAGGAUUUUUAAUCCGAUCUUUGCUUCCUCCUUAAACUUUGUUUUAUGAUCAUUAUUUUCAUUAUUCUCAGUUUGGAAUUCUGGUCUAUGUUGUGUCUAAUCUGUAGUACAGGUGCCUGCCACCAGAUGGGGCUCUCACUUUGAUUGAUAUCUUCCAUGUAAUAGUAUAGAUUGUGGUUAGUCAGUAUUAUUAACGUAUAUAGGCUGCGUGAAAAUGUAGGUAUUAAAACAUGGGUAAAGCUGGUGGUGCUAGCUCUGCUGGUGUUAGCCAUACUUGGAUCAUGUAUUUUGAUGACAGCCAAAUUGACUUCUAAAUGUUUCAUAGAUAACUGGAUUUUGGUAAGAGGAGAGUUCACAGCAGAAACAUCACUGUCUUUGGUUUCACACCAUGAUAUAUCAAAAACUUAACUACAGCCAGUGAAUAGCUGAAAUCUUUUUUAUAACUGUUUUAAAUCACCAACACUAUUCAGUAGUGCUAAUCAUCAUCUUAUUAUUUCAAUGAAAAUGUCUUUGUUAUCAAUUAUUGUUAAUUUCUACAGAACAGAAACCACUGAAGGUAUUUUUAACGUUAAAAUGAGUUCAGAGUCUGACUACCUGAACUGAGUGGAUCAGGGGUUAUUUUGGACUCAGAAUAAGAGAAAUUUAAAGACCAGUGUAAUAUAAUAUAAUCAAAUAAUCAGCAGUUUCAGAGGCGCCGUGGUCACAUGAUCUCUCAGCUGAUUAAUCAUUUGAGAGGAGCGGAUCCACGCGUUAACCAUGAACGAGGCCGGCACACUCAGCAGAAGUCAACAACAGACUUUAAUCCACAAAAACUGAAAAUACACAAGACAAAGAGGCGGGACAUCACAGACUGAUCUGAGCUCCAAAAUAACGACAUGACGGGAAGCAGAGCGAGCAGAGGGUCGACCUCUGCGGGGGGAAGUACAUUAAGACACUGAAAAAGGUUUAUUUAAAAGAGUAUUUUCACCAUUUUAAGACUCACAUUUAUUGAUUACAUGUUUUAGAGGAGGUAUAUUUUUAUUAACAUGAAUAAAAAAGUAAUUAGUCGGUUUAUGCUCAACAUCACAGAAUCAGAUUUUACAUCACAGAGGUCCAGGGGUCAGGUCUGUGCAAAGUUUUCUAAAAUCAGUCCUAAAAAAGAGGCGUCAUUGCCCUUUAACCCUCUUUAGAUGUUUUUUUAAAUUUAUCAAUGCUUUGAAAUGUUUGGAAAAUUUUUAAAUGGUUCUUUCAAAAUAAAGGUCUUGUUUAAUUGUCACAGUUUGCUCCUGCCUCUAGAUGGUAGAUACGGGAGUUAUAGUGUGUAACUGGCCUCCUUAUGUUUGCGGUUUAUAAGCUGGAAACUGAUGGAUUUCUGAAUUUCUUUCAUUAAAAUUUAAUAUAUUUGGGU